AUGAUUGUUCAUCUGGAUAAAGGGAGUGAUAUUAUAGACAGGCAACUUGGGUUUGUAGAUGUUAGUUCUGACAGAACUGCAACUGCUUUAUCUACAGUUAUUAAAGGUAAGUUGAUUCAGCAUGAAAAUAUCAUGGAUAAGCUUAUUGGACAAACGUAUGAUGGUGUCUCUGUAAUGUCGGGUCAUCUCAAUGGUGUUCAAGCUCAAAUACAACGGGAGUAUCCUUUUGCCCAUUUUGUUCAUUGUGCAGCUCAUAGGCUGAAUCUUGUAUUGUGUCAAGCUGCAUCCUCUAUUGCACCUGUGAAGAUAUUUUUUGUUAACAUAGCAAUGCUCCAAGGAGGAAAGCAUUUCUGUCUUCCCAUAACCUUGAGUUUCCCAGUCCUGGUGAUACACAAUGGUACUAUAGAGCUUGUGUCACCAAUGUUUUGUAUAAUAAUUAUGAGAAACUUAUAGAAAUAUUUGAAAAUAUUGUUGACAAUCCAACAGGGUAGGAUGAUGAAACACUGAAUAAGAUGACUGGUUUACUUGGUUACCUUAAUGGAUUUUUGUUUUGUUUUUUGGUGUUAAUUUUUCCGAAGCUUUUAGAGCAGUCAUCUAUACUUUAUUCCAUCUUGCAAGACAAAAAGACUGAUUUUCAAUAUGGGAUGACCAGAGUUGAAAGAUUCAAGACAUUUGUUACUUCUCUGAGAACAGAUGCCAAAUAUUCUGAGUUUUAUGACAAAGCUGUUGAGAAAGUGGGCCCUCCAGUGACCAAGUAUGACCUAAAGCAUAAUUUCAAACAAAUGUUUUUUGAAAUUCUUGAUUCCAUUGUAGGCAUGCUGACUGAGCGUUUUCACGAUAUGGAGCGUUUUAGGUUUUUAGAUCUUGUGAACCCAAGGGUAUUUAAGACUUGGAAUGGUGAAGUGCCCUGAGAGAAACUGGAUCUUCUCAAGGAAAUGUAUGGUGAUUUAUUUGACAUACCAAUGCUAGUCAGCCAACUUUGUUUUAUUUACAGGGAUAAGGACUUUCAUAAAGAUUCUUGUGGAGAGUUAUUAAAAUAUAUUUUUCAGUUCCAUCUGCAAUCUAGCAUUCCUGAAGUAGUAAAGUUGCUGAAGAUGAAUGGUGUUAUAUCAGUCACUAGUGCUUCUGUUGAAAGAUCAUUUUCCUGUUUGAAGAGG